AUAAGUCCCAAGUCCGGAUUUUGUUUUCAAAUGUGGCCAGGUGCUGAGUAGCCAGCCCUCUUUCCCUCCAUCUGUCCUGGCCUCAGGGGAGCGACCAUUUUUUUAACCUCUCGGUCAGGCUAAGGAAUUUACGGCUGAGAGGUCUGCCCAUUUCCUUGAUAAGGAAGCGUUGACAUUUGGAUGGAUGCGGGUCCCAGUCAAUGGCCCGGAGAUUUCCUCGGUCUUUUGGGUAAAGGGACGGAGCUUCCGCUUGUCUUUCAUCUUCGGAGGAAGCCAAGCUUCCAAAGAGCGGGCCUCGCUGAAUUGGCCAAUAGCUACUCCUUUUUGCAACUUGCGAGCGUUCGCACGGAGAGUGGGGAGGUGGCAUAUGCUUGCCAAUCAGAGCCGACCAGGGCUGGCCGUCGGCAGCCGGCGACCAAUAGACGAGACCGACCAGAGCGCGCUCCCUUAGUAGGUGGAUGGUGGUCGAAGCGCCGGCUCCCUUCUCGUCGUCGCCAUUUUGUGCUGGUGACUGCGGCCGGCUGGGAGUAGGCGGCAGUGGGUUUCCUGGGGAGGGUAGCGCGCUUGGCGCUUCUCCCCUCCCCGCUCUUCCGCCCUCUUGCUUCCAGCCUCAGACUUAACGCUGGUGCGGGCCGGCCCCGGCUGAGCUGGGAGAGUUGGAGGAGGUGGCGGCGCGCAGAGGUGAUGUCCGGGAGCCCUCCCUUGACAGCCCGGGCCGAGAAGGUGAGCGUCGCCGCUGGUCGUGGGGGCGGAGAGUCCCUGCAGGAGGCAUCACCCAGGCUGGCAGAUCAUGGUGGCAGCAGCGGGGGUGGCUGGGAAGUGAAACGGAGCCAGCGGCUGAGGAGGGGCCCCAGCAGCCCCCGCAGGCCCUAUCAGGACAUGGAGUAUGAAAGACGAGGUGGCCGUGGGGAUAGGACUGGCCGCUACGGAGCCACUGACCGUUCGCAGGACGAUGGGGGGGAGAGCCGCAGCCGAGACCAUGACUACCGGGACAUGGACUACCGCUCAUAUCCCCGCGAGUACGGUAGCCAGGAGGGCAAGCACGACUAUGAUGACUCGUCCGAGGAGCAGAGUGCAGAGGAUUCCUACGAGGCCUCCCCGGGCUCCGAGACUCAGCGUAGGCGGCGGCGGCGGCACAGGCACAGCCCCACCGGCCCGCCAGGCUUCCCCCGAGACGGCGACUAUCGGGACCAGGACUAUCGGACCGAGCAAGGGGAGGAGGAGGAGGAGGAUGAGGAGGAGGAGGAGGAGGAGAAGGCCAGUAACAUCGUCAUGCUGAGGAUGCUGCCACAGGCAGCCACUGAGGAUGACAUCCGGGGCCAGCUGCAGUCCCACGGAGUGCAAGCGCGGGAGGUCCGGCUGAUGCGGAACAAAUCCUCAGGUCAGAGCCGGGGCUUCGCCUUCGUCGAGUUUAGUCACUUGCAGGACGCUACACGAUGGAUGGAAGCCAAUCAGCACUCCCUCAACAUCCUGGGCCAGAAGGUGUCCAUGCACUACAGCGACCCCAAGCCCAAGAUCAAUGAGGACUGGCUGUGUAAUAAGUGUGGCGUCCAGAACUUCAAACGCCGCGAGAAGUGCUUCAAAUGUGGUGUGCCCAAGUCAGAGGCGGAGCAGAAGCUGCCCCUGGGCGCAAGGCUGGAUCAGCAGACGCUGCCUCUGGGUGGACGGGAGCUAAGCCAGGGCCUGCUCCCCCUGCCUCAGCCCUACCAGGCCCAGGGAGUGCUGGCCUCCCAAGCCCUGUCACAGGGCUCGGAGCCAAGCUCAGAGAACGCCAAUGACACCAUCAUUUUGCGCAACCUGAACCCACACAGCACCAUGGACUCCAUCCUGGGGGCCCUGGCACCCUAUGCGGUGCUGUCCUCCUCCAACGUACGCGUCAUCAAGGACAAGCAGACCCAACUGAAUCGCGGCUUCGCCUUCAUCCAGCUCUCCACCAUCGUGGAAGCAGCCCAGCUACUGCAGAUCCUACAGGCCCUGCACCCACCGCUCACCAUUGACGGCAAGACCAUCAACGUUGAGUUCGCCAAGGGUUCUAAGAGGGACAUGGCCUCCAAUGAAGGCAGCCGCAUCAAUGCUGCCUCUGUGGCCAGCACUGCCAUUGCUGCGGCCCAGUGGGCCAUCUCACAGGCCUCCCAGGGUGGGGAGGGUGCCUGGGCCACCCCCGAGGAGCCACCGGUCGACUACAGCUACUACCAACAGGAUGAGGGCUAUGGCGGCAGCCAGGGCACAGAGUCCUCCCUCUAUGCCCAUGGCUACCUCAAGGGCACGAAGGGCCCCGGCAUCGCUGGAACCAAAGGGGACCCAGCUGGAGCAGGUCCUGAGGCCUCCCUGGAGCCUGGGACAGACUCUGUGUCACUGCAGGCUUUCUCCCGUGCCCAGCCUGGUGCCACACCUGGCAUCUACCAGCAAUCAGCCGAGGCGAGCGGCAGCCAGGGCGCUGCUGCCAACAGCCAGUCAUACACCAUCAUGUCACCCGCUGUGCUCAAAUCUGAGCUCCAGAGCCCUACCCAUCCCAGCUCUGCCCUGCCACCAGCCACCAGCCCCACUGCCCAGGAGUCCUACAACCAGUACCCUGUUCCGGACGUGUCUACUUACCAGUAUGACGAGACCUCUGGCUACUACUAUGACCCCCAGACUGGCCUCUACUAUGACCCCAACUCCCAGUAUUAUUACAACGCUCAGAGCCAGCAGUACCUGUACUGGGACGGGGAGAGACGGACCUACGUCCCUGCCCUGGAACAGUCAGCCGAUGGGCAUAAGGAGACGGGGGCCCCCUCGAAAGAGGGUAAAGAAAAGAAGGAGAAGCACAAGACCAAGACAGCCCAACAGAUUGCCAAGGACAUGGAACGCUGGGCCCGCAGCCUCAACAAGCAAAAAGAAAACUUCAAAAACAGCUUCCAGCCCAUCAGCUCCCUGCGAGACGAUGAAAGGCGGGAAUCAGCUACCGCAGAUGCUGGCUAUGCCAUCCUCGAGAAGAAGGGAGCACUAGCUGAAAGACAGCACACCAGCAUGGACCUCCCGAAACUGGCCAGCGAUGACCGCCCAAGCCCACCUCGGGGCCUCGUGGCAGCCUACAGCGGGGAGAGUGACAGCGAGGAGGAGCAGGAGCGCGGGGGUCCAGAACGGGAGGAGAAGCUCACUGACUGGCAGAAGCUGGCCUGUCUGCUUUGCCGGCGCCAGUUCCCCAGCAAGGAGGCGCUCAUCCGCCACCAGCAGCUCUCUGGGCUACACAAGCAAAACCUUGAGAUUCACCGACGAGCACACCUGUCGGAAAAUGAGCUGGAAGCACUGGAGAAGAACGACAUGGAGCAAAUGAAGUACCGGGACCGUGCAGCUGAACGCAGAGAGAAGUACGGCAUCCCUGAGCCACCGGAGCCCAAGCGGAGGAAGUACGGCGGCAUGUCUGCAGCUUCUGUGGACUUUGAGCAGCCCACACGGGAUGGUCUGGGCAGCGACAACAUUGGCAGUCGUAUGCUCCAGGCCAUGGGCUGGAAAGAAGGUAGUGGCCUGGGCCGGAAGAAGCAGGGCAUUGUGACGCCCAUUGAGGCCCAGACACGGGUGCGGGGUUCCGGCUUGGGGGCCCGAGGCAGCUCCUACGGGGUCACCUCAACCGAGUCCUACAAGGAGACACUGCACAAGACAAUGGUGACCCGCUUCAACGAGGCCCAGUGAGCAGCUGUGAGAGCUGCUUCUACAUAUGUCGGGUGUCCGGCCCAGGGCAGGGGAGGGUGAAGUGGUGGGUGGUCUGAGUGGGGCCCUGCACCUGUCUGCUAGCCUACUCCCCAGCCAGAGAGGCCCUGACCAAGUCAGACUUUAAAUUGACUUUUGUUGGAAAGCUGGGCUGGGAUCAUGCUCUUCUUUUUGUAAUAAAAGCUGAAAAGUC